CCGUUGAACACAAAUUUGUGACAUGCGCAAAUAAGUCGUCUGCUGUCAAAAGAUGGUAAAUGACGGAAAAAUGGCGUCUGCAGUUGAAUCUAUGGUCGUCGAUGAAAAACAGCUUCCAGAUAAACCAGUAGACAGGGAAAAGACAUGUCCACUUUUGUUACGAGUUUUUUGCAACACAGGAAGGCAUCAUAAUAUGAUGGAAUACAGUAGGGGAAAUGUUCCGUCCAACGAAUUACAAAUAUACACAUGGAUGGACGCGACCUUACGAGAAAUCACCGGACUAGUCAAGGAAGUAAAUCCAGAUGCCAGAAGCAAAGGAACUUAUUUUGAUUUUUCGUUAGUUACUCCAGAACAGAGAACGCCUGGUUAUCGAAUGAAGGAAAUUGGAGUUACUUGCUCUGGACAGAAAGGAGCCGAUGACAAUAAAACUCUCGCACAAGCUAGGUUUACAAUAGGCGAUUACCUCGAUAUUUCCAUCACUCCGCCAAAUAGAAUGAUCCAACCAGGAAUGCGACGCGGAGGUCUCAGACAAUAUUGAUAGUGAGAGUUAUUAUCAUUUAAUGAAUUUAAUAUUCAUUUGCAUUUAAUUUACAUUUAAAAAUUAAACUUUUAAUACAUGAAUUUUCAAUUUUUACUGAAAAAUAUUGACAAUAGACAAGUUUGCCGCAAGAAUUUAUCAUUCCUCAAUAAUUAUGAUAAAAAAAAAAAUAAUUAAUAAGUUAAUUUUAUUAAAUAAUAAACUAAAAAAUAAUGUGACAAAUUGACAA